UACUAGCUGAUGUAGUACUUAAGGUUCUUCUGUGCUAAUGGCUGGGUGGGGCCUACAGUAUUAAUCCAGGCCAAUCAUUUUUCGUCAUCUUUUUCAAGGAAGAUUUUAACCAAUAAGAAGAAGCCUAAGGUUUGGGGGUGAAAGCUAAGUGCUGCAUAUAUGCCUGGGUGAUGCUGAAGUAGGUUAUGCUUCCUGAGAAGGCUCCUGGGUGGUAAGUUAAACAUUUCUGGGCAGGGUAAAAAUCAAACUUAACAUUAUGUCAUAAAGUAGAUUCUGAGAAGUGGGUAAAGGUGAGGAUGUCAAGGGUAAUGAGAAGUGAGAGGUUCCAUAAAAACUAAACAGGUAAUAGUUUCACUAUAAUUUCUCCAGGAAUGAUUAUUUGAGAGCUGAAGUUGAGAUUUUUUUUUUUUUAAAUUCAAAGAAAUAGCUUUAAUAACUGCUGGGGAGAAGCAAGGUUUUCUGGGGUUUUUUUGUUUAUUUUUUGUAUUUAUCUAUCUUUGUAGAACUUUCUUUGAAAAGCCAAAUUUUAAGGUAUCAAUAAACAGAUAUUAUUCUGGUGAAAGAAUGUUUAAGAUGGGCUUAUAUCGUGGAUUGUGAAAAUGAUUAUGCAGUCUAUCUCACAGUCAAAUAAAAACCUCUCGAAGACGAGAAUAUUUCUUUAAAGGGAAUCAGUAGAGCAUAAUUAUUCUACCUAAAUAUAGCAUACAACUUUAUUAAGGACUGAGAUUUAUUUCCUUACCCUGAAUACUCCUAUUUUUUUUAAAGGUUCCAUAGUAUUUGUUAAACAAACAAAUGUAUGAACAAAUGAAACAUUCUGAAGGCUAGUAAAAGACCCAAGAAUUCACAGAGACAUCUUGACAAGAUGUAUAUUUAUAACCUGACAAGAAUGCAUUUUUUAGAAGUUUUAAAAAUAUUUUUAAAAUGUAUUCAUUAUAUAAUACAUACUAAUAUCAAUCACAAAAUACUUGGCAGUUUCCACAUUUAGUACUGUCAAUGAACUCUGUUUCAGGCUGAGAAUAUUCUCAUCAGCUCUUACUCUAUUCAGUUGGUAGAGUUAUAUCUUUUCUAAAGUCAUAUUGAAUCCAAUCGCACUGAGUACAAGCAAAUACUACAAACGCAGGUAACAUUUUAAUGACUCCAUUGGAAAUUCUGUUUGCUGAAGCAGGUCCCCAGUUAUUUAUUAUGGGAUUUAAUUGCCCAGGUAACUAAGGUUCCUGGACAGGUAAUUUUUAAGGAAAUGAAUUUAAAAUCGUAUGUCUUAUGAAAGAAAACUGUUCCCUCAUACCCCCAACCCUACUUAAAUAUAUUUAUAUUAUCUGGAACAAGUCUAAUUUUCUUUUUCAAUGACAGCUUUGAAGAGCAUUCUGAAGCUUGUAUAGGAGACAAUAUAUCAAGAAUCUAUUUAUUGAGUUCUUCUAGAACAAAAGCCAGGAGCUCCCUAAUGUAAACACAUUAGUGUUUGUUUUGAGGAGGAAAUCUAUAGACUUUUUUUAAACAGCCAUAAAGCAGACAGCUUAGUUCAAAAAAUCCCUUUUGGAACAUGUCACUGAACAACUCUUCCAACGUAUUUCUGGAUUCCGCGCCCAGUAAUACCAAUCGCUUUCAAGUUAAUGUCAUAAAUGAGAGCCAUGAGAGCAGUGUGGCUGUGAAUGACAACACCGACCCUCCACAUUAUGAGGAAACCUCUUUUGGGGAUGAAGGCCAGAACAGAUUCAGAAUCAGCUUUAGACCUGGGAAUCAGGACCGCUAUGACAACUUCCUCCAAACUGGAGAAACUGCUAAAACAGAUGCCAGUUUUCAUGCUUAUGAUUCCCACACAAACACAUACUACCUACAAACCUUUGGCCACAACACCAUGGAUGCUGUUCCCAAGAUCGAGUACUAUCGCAACACUGGCAGCAUUAGUGGGCCCAAGGUCAACCGACCCAGCCUGCUUGAGAUUCACGAGCAACUGGCAAAGAAUGUAUCAGUGGCCCCGGGUUCAGCUGACGUGGUUGCCAACGGUGAUGGGAUGCCUGGUGAUGAACAAGCUGAAAAUAAGGAAGAAGAUCAAGGCGGUGUCGUGAAGUUUGGAUGGGUGAAAGGUGUGCUGGUAAGAUGUAUGCUGAAUAUCUGGGGUGUCAUGCUCUUCAUUCGCCUCUCCUGGAUUGUUGGAGAAGCUGGGAUCGGUCUUGGAGUUCUCAUAAUUCUUCUUUCCACCAUGGUAACUUCUAUUACUGGGUUGUCAACUUCUGCAAUAGCAACUAACGGGUUUGUUCGUGGAGGUGGGGCCUACUACCUUAUUUCCAGAAGCUUAGGGCCCGAGUUUGGUGGGUCUAUAGGCUUGAUCUUUGCUUUUGCCAAUGCAGUGGCUGUUGCUAUGUAUGUGGUGGGAUUUGCUGAGACUGUGGUAGAUCUUCUUAAGGAGAGUGAUUCGAUGAUGGUGGAUCCAACCAAUGACAUCCGGAUAAUAGGCUCCAUCACAGUGGUGCUUCUUUUGGGAAUUUCAGUAGCUGGAAUGGAAUGGGAAGCAAAGGCUCAAGUGAUUCUUCUGAUCAUUCUUCUCAUUGCUAUUGCAAACUUCUUCAUUGGAACUGUCAUUCCAUCCAACAAUGAGAAAAAGUCCAGAGGUUUCUUUAAUUACCAAGCAUCAAUAUUUGCAGAAAACUUUGGGCCAAGCUUCACAAAAGGUGAAGGCUUCUUCUCUGUCUUUGCCAUUUUUUUCCCAGCAGCAACUGGGAUUCUUGCUGGUGCCAAUAUCUCGGGAGAUUUGGAGGAUCCCCAAGAUGCUAUCCCCAGAGGGACCAUGCUGGCCAUCUUCAUCACCACUGUCGCCUACAUAGGAGUUGCUAUUUGUGUAGGGGCCUGUGUGGUCCGAGAUGCCACCGGGAGCAUGAAUGACACCAUCAUUUCUGGGAUGAACUGCAAUGGUUCAGCAGCCUGUGGGUUAGGCUACGACUUCUCAAGAUGUCAACAUGAACCAUGUCAGUAUGGGCUGAUGAACAAUUUCCAGGUCAUGAGCAUGGUGUCAGGGUUUGGGCCCCUCAUCACUGCUGGCAUCUUUUCUGCAACACUCUCCUCAGCCCUGGCCUCCCUCGUCAGCGCACCCAAAGUUUUCCAGGCUCUGUGCAAGGACAACAUCUACAAAGCCCUGCAGUUCUUUGCAAAGGGAUAUGGGAAAAACAAUGAGCCCCUGAGAGGAUACUUUCUCACUUUUGUUAUAGCCAUGGCGUUCAUUCUUAUUGCGGAACUGAAUACCAUUGCUCCCAUCAUCUCCAACUUUUUCCUGGCCUCAUAUGCACUUAUUAAUUUUUCCUGCUUUCAUGCCUCUUAUGCCAAAUCUCCAGGAUGGAGACCUGCAUACGGUAUUUACAACAUGUGGGUAUCUCUUUUUGGAGCUAUUCUGUGCUGUGCAGUCAUGUUUGUCAUCAACUGGUGGGCAGCUGUCAUCACCUAUGUCAUUGAGUUCUUCCUCUAUAUCUAUGUGACUUACAAGAAGCCAGAUGUGAACUGGGGCUCCUCCACACAGGCUCUUUCCUACGUGAGUGCUUUAGACAAUGCUCUGGAACUAACUACAGUGGAAGACCAUGUGAAAAAUUUCAGGCCCCAGUGCAUUGUCUUAACAGGGGGACCCAUGACAAGACCUGCUCUCUUGGAUAUAACUCACGCCUUUACCAAGAACAGUGGCCUUUGCAUCUGCUGUGAAGUCUUUGUGGGACCGCGCAAGCUGUGUGUUAAAGAGAUGAACAGUGGCAUGGCAAAAAAGCAGGCCUGGCUUAUAAAAAACAAAAUCAAGGCUUUUUAUGCAGCAGUGGCAGCAGAUUGUUUCAGGGAUGGUGUCCGAAGUCUCCUUCAGGCCUCAGGCUUAGGAAGAAUGAAACCAAACACUCUGGUGAUUGGAUAUAAAAAAAACUGGAGGAAGGCUCCCCUGACAGAGAUUGAAAACUACGUGGGAAUCAUACAUGAUGCGUUUGAUUUUGAGAUUGGUGUUGUCAUAGUCAGAAUCAGCCAAGGGUUUGACAUCUCCCAGGUUCUUCAGGUGCAAGAUGAAUUAGAGAAAUUAGAACAGGAGAGACUGGCUUUGGAAGCCACUAUCAAAGAUAAUGAAUGCGAAGAAGAAAGUGGAGGCCUCCGAGGCUUGUUUAAAAAAGCUGGCAAGCUGAACAUUACUAAGCCAACUCCCAGGAAAGACAGCAGCAUUAACACAAUCCAGUCGAUGCAUGUGGGGGAGAUCAACCAGAAACUGGUGGAAGCCAGCACCCAAUUUAAAAAGAAGCAAGGAAAAGGCACAAUUGAUGUUUGGUGGUUGUUUGAUGAUGGAGGGUUAACACUCCUUAUCCCCUAUAUCUUGACUCUCAGAAAAAAAUGGAAAGACUGUAAAUUAAGAAUCUAUGUCGGAGGGAAGAUCAAUCGCAUUGAAGAAGAAAAAAUUACAAUGGCUUCCCUCCUGAGCAAAUUUAGGAUAAAAUUUGCAGACAUCCAUAUCAUUGGUGACAUCAACAUUAAGCCAAACAAAGAAAGCUGGAAAUUCUUUGAAGAAAUGAUUGAACCAUAUCGUCUCCAUGAAAGCUGCAAAGAUUUAACAACUGCUGAGAAAUUAAAGAGAGAAACUCCGUGGAAAAUUACAGAUGCAGAACUGGAAGCAGUCAAGGAAAAGAGUUACCGCCAAGUUCGACUGAAUGAACUCUUACAGGAGCACUCAAGAGCUGCUAAUCUCAUAGUCCUGAGCCUUCCAGUGGCAAGAAAAGGAUCUAUAUCAGAUUGGUUGUACAUGGCUUGGUUGGAAAUCCUCACGAAGAACCUCCCUCCUGUCUUACUAGUUAGAGGAAAUCACAAAAAUGUCCUGACAUUUUAUUCUUAA